GUUUCUGCUUUUUUUCUUCACAAAAAGUAACAAAUCUGUCAAAAGAAAACAGUGGCAAUUAUUUCUUAUAAGAACUUCAACAACUGCCAAUAUGAAACCACAUCCCUCUCUCUUUCUUUCUCUCUCUAUUCACUUUUUUUUUUUUUUUCUCUUAACCUUUUGGAGUUCAGUUAUGGAAAACCAACGCAGUGCUCUUCUAAGUUGGGCUUACUUUUUCCAAGGAAAGAAUAUUGAAGAAUUGAGACAUUCGCUUUUCUGUGCGACUCUAGAAUUGGAACAAACGAGAGUUGCAGUUCAAGAAGAACUAAGAAAGAGAGAUGAACAGUUUCUUCAUCUCAAGGAUCUUUUCAGUAGAGCUAUUAGAGAGAGAGAUGAUGCAAAUGAGAAGUUUCAGAAGUUACUCAUUGAGAAGCUUUUACUACAGCAACAGCAACAGCGAACAGAUCCCCAUUCAGGAAUUUCCAGCAUUGAAGAUGAACCAAAGAAAGGGAUUGACUCCAUCAAUGGCUUCUCCUCGUCAGAUUGUGAAGAAAGCAUUGUCUCAUCUCCUGCCAUUGACCCAAUUCCGCCACCACAGUUUCCUCCAGCUCCGCUGCAAGUGCAACCGCACAACACGGUGGAAUUUGUUCCAGAAAAGCCAUUGCCUGAAAAAGGCAAGCUCUUGGAAGCAGUGAUGAAAGCAGGUCCUCUGCUACAGACCCUGCUCGUGGCUGGACCUCUGCCUGAGUGGAGACAUCCACCACCGCCACUCGAAUCCUGCGAAAUCCCACCGGUGACAAUUCCUUCGACGCCUUCACGGCAGCUGCUCCAAGAUUCUCCAGUCAUCUUCAAUGGCAACAGCCACAUUACCAACUGUGGAAACAGAAAAAGGGCUUUCUUGGAAGGUUCUGAUUCUCCAACAGAGAGGAAGUGUCAAAGGCUUGCUCCCUGCUGACCAUUACAAAAACAAAGGAUAGCAAAAACAUGAUCAUAGUCUAAUAUCAGUAAAGAGCUAAUGAAGAUAAAAAGAGAAUUGGGUUAGUGGCUGAUUUUAGUGCUUGUACAGAGGUUUGUGUUAUAGGUAAGAAACUCUCCUACGUAUGAGGAAGCUACAACAGAAGUCUCCCUCUACUUUCCCCCUUCUGUCGUCACCCUGAUUCAGUUGCCUAGAGUGAAGUUUUUAUGGCCACCCUUUUUACUUCACAACACUUUUUCUUUUUCAUACUCCGUCUGAUAGAAACAGGAUCAAAUUUUUCCAGAAUUGUUCUAGCCAUAUAAGAUGCAAUUCCAAUUCUGAGAUUUCUCCUGUCUGAUUGCUUGAGAUUACAGCAAAAACACAUGAUAUACAAACUCAUCAAACACAA